CUUCUGAGAGAGCCUCAGAGGGGUGUCCAGAGCCGGACCUGAGGGCCAGAGGAAGGCGACAGGCAGAGACUGAGAGAGACACAGAGAGAAAGAGUCAGGCCCCAAAGGGCCAGAGACCCCAGCAGUCAUCCACGUAGCCGUAGAGGGAGCUGGAGUGAGCCCUGGGAGAAGUUCUGUUGCCUGUCUAUCCCCAUGGGCCACCAGGGGCCAUGGCUGCACACUCCUCUGCUCUGGGCUGCUGUGGCCAGCCUGCUCCUCCCCCCCGCCAUGAGCCAGCAGCUGAGAGGGGCUGGGCUGGGCCUCAGCAACUGGAACAACAAUGCCGGAGUUGCUGGGCCAUCAGGGGACGUGUCAGCAGAGUUUGGGCACCACAUCCAUAACCGUAGAGACCAUCAAGAUGAGAACGAGGACGUCUCCACAGAGAAUGGGCAUCAUUUCUGGAGCCACAGAGACCACAGAGAGGAGGACGAAGAUGUCUCCAGGGAAUAUGGCCAUCAACUCCAUAGCCACAGGUACCAAGGCCACGAGGUGGGAGAUGACAAUGUCUCUGGUGAGGAGGUCUUGACAGAGCAUGGUCAGCAGGCCCGUGGGCACAGAGGCCAUAGGAAUGAAGGCAUGGAAGCCUUGGCUGAGCCUGGGCACCACCUCCCCAGCCACAGGAGCCAGGACCAUCCGGAAGAAGAUGAGAAUGAAGUUGUCUCCAGCGAGCAUCACCAUCAUAUCCUCAGGCAUGUACACCGAAGCCAUGGAGGAGAAGAAGAUGAUGAAGGAGAAGAGGAGGAGGAGGAGGAUGUCUCCACUGAAUAUGGGCAGCAGGCCCACAGGCAGCGAGGCCAUGGGAAUGAAGAGGAUGAGGAUGUCUCAGAUGGACAUCUCCAUCAUGUCCCCAGCCACAAGCACCAAGGUCAUGAAGAAGAAGAAGAAGAAGAUGAUGAUGAUGGUGAUGAUGAUGUCUCCACUGAAUAUGGACACCAGUCCCACAGGCACCAAGGCCACAGGGAGGAAGAGGACGAGGAUGUCUCAGAUGAACACCACCAUCAUGUUUCCGAUCAUGGGCACCCAGGCCAUGAAGAAGAAGAAGAAAAAGAUGAUGAUGAUGAUGAUAUCGUCUCCACUGAAUAUGGACACCCAUCACACAGGCACCAAGACCACUGGAAGGAAGAGGAUGAGGAUGUUUCAGAUGAACACCAGCAUCAUGUCCCUGACCACGGGCACCCAGGUCACGAAGAAGAUGAUGAUGUCUCCAUUGAGAAUGGGCCCUGGGUCCAUAGGCACCAAGGCCAUGAGAAGGAAGAGGAUGAGGAUGUCUCAGAUGAACACCAACAUCACGUCCCUGGGCAUGGGCACCGAGGCCACGAAGAAAAAGAUGAUGAUGAUGAUGAUGAUGAUGAUGUCUCCACUGAGUAUGGACAUCAGGCCCACAGGCACCAAGGCCACAGGAAGGAAGAAGAUGAGGAUGUCUCAGAUGGACACCACCAUCAUGUCCCUGACCAUGGGCACCCAAGCCACAGAGACAAGGAAGAUGAAGAUGAAUACGUGUCCACUGAACAUUGGCACCAAGUUCCCAGACAUGCCCACCAUGGACUUGGACAUGAGAAGGAAGAGGAAGAGGAGGAGAUCACAGUUCAGUUUAGCCACCAUGUUGCAAGCCACCAACCCCAAGGCCACAAGAGUGAUGAUGAGGAGGAAGACAUUCCAGAUGAGUAUAAAACAGAAGUCCCUGCCCAUCACCACCACAGAGUCCCCAGGGAGGAAGAUGAGGACAUCUCUGGUGAGCUUGGCCACCAGGCCCCCAGACAUGAGCAACUAGACCACAGAGAUGAAGGGACUGGCCAUGGUCACAGAGCUUCCAUCAAAGAGAUUAGCCAUCAGCCCCCAGAACACACAGGGGUCAAGGAUAGAAGCCAUUCAAGGGAGGGUGAGUCUGAGGAGAAGGAAGAGAAUCACAGCUCUCAAGAGGAAGAUGAUGAAAGUUUGGAGCAGGGAGAGGAAGGUGGCUGCCAUGGCUGCCUGGAGCAGAAAGAUGAGGAGGAUGAGGAGGAAGGUCAUGGCCUCAGCCUGAGCCAGGAGGAAGAAGAAGAAGAGGAAGACAAGGAGGAGGAGGAAGAGGAAGAGAGGAGGGAAGAAAGGGCUGAGGUUGGGGCCUCACCGAGCAGAGACCACAGGGAGGAGGAAGAGGAGGAGGAGGAGGGGCUGGAGGAAGAUAAGAUCCCCUUCACCAUCAUACCCAACCCACUGGCCGGAAGGGAGGUGGCUGGAGGCGCCUCCAGUGAGGAGGAGAGUGGUGAGGACACAGGUCCGCAGGAUGCCCAGGAAUAUGGGAACUACCAGCCAGGGUCCCUGUGUGGCUACUGCUCCUUCUGCAAUCGGUGCACUGAAUGUGAGAGCUGUCACUGUGAUGAGGAGAACAUGGGGGAGCACUGCGACCAGUGCCAGCACUGUCAGUUCUGCUACCUCUGCCCGCUGGUCUGCGAAACAAUCUGCACUCCAGGAAGUUACGUCGACUAUUUCUCCUCCUCCCUGUACCAAGCCCUGGCAGAUAUGCUGGACACGCCAGAACCUUGACCUGGCCGCGCGGCUGCUACGCAGAUGUGCCUCCCCCUGUCCUCCAGCCCCCUUCCCCAGCCAUAUUUAUUUCUCGGAAUAAACGUGCUCCCGAAACCUCA